AGGAUUUUAGAACCCCACAUUCCUUUCAUUAUUAUGCUCUAAUUAUAAUCUUUUGAACAACACAUACUUAAUUUACCAAAAAUCUUAACACUCCAUAGCCAAAAAUGUCAAGUGUCAUGGAUAUCAGCCCACACAUUGCCCUACUCACGAGUUCAGGAAUGGGCCAUUUGACACCGAUCCUGCGCCUAGCCGCAAUGCUAGCUUCCCAAAACUGUCACGUGACUCUCUUAACGGCCCAACCACCAGUCUCUAAUGCAGAGUCUGAACACAUUAUCGCGUUCCUUGCAGCCUAUCCUACAAUAAAUCGUCUUGACUUCCAAUUACUUCCUUACACACCACCAAAUCCCGAAACUGCAGACCCAUUUUUCGUUCAAUUUGAAGCCAUUAUCCGGUCCGUUCAUCUUCUCCCUCCACUUUUAUCUUCCAUAUCACCACCUGUUUCUGCCUUUUUCUCUGACAUUACAUCGGCUGCAGGAGGUCAUCAAGUUGCUAAUGAUCUUGGGGUACCGAAUUAUGUCAUUUCUACGACUUCAGCUAGAUUUUCAUGUUUCGUUUCCUAUGUACCGUACUUACUAGCAUCUGAAAGCUCCAUACCCGUAGCAGAAACCUCAAUUCAAAUACCCGGUUUGGACCCAUUUGACCACUCAAAUCUUCCACCUCCUUUUUUCAUACCAAAUCAUUUAUUCACCAAGACUUUGGUAUCAAACUCUCGCGCUUUAAGCAAAUCUAAAGGCAUUUUGUUAAACACUUUUCAUGAUUUUGAACCAAAGACAAUUGAAGCAGUUAACAAUGGCAAAUUUAUACAAGAUUUUCCUCGAUUUUUGGCUAUCGGGCCACUAGAACCACACAAGUUAGAAAUAGGUGAUCACCAAACACUUCCAUGGCUCGACAAACAGCCAACAAGAUCAGUUGUAUAUGUGAGCUUUGGAAGCAGGACUGCAAUGUCAAAAGAUCAAAUAACAGAACUACGAAACGGGUUGGAAAAAAGUGGGCAAAAGUUCUUGUGGGUGUUGAAAACUAAGAUAGUUGACAAAGAAGACAGUGAAGAAUUAGGAGAGUUAGUAACCGGUUCGUUUUUAGAACGAACAAAAGCACAAGGUAUGGUGGUUAAAGGAUGGGUGAACCAAGAAGUGAUUCUAUCACACCCGGCCGUUGGAGGAUUUGUGAGUCAUUGUGGAUGGAAUUCAGUGAUGGAGGCUGCGGCUCGAGGGAUACCAAUGUUGGCUUGGCCUCUACUUGGUGAUCAGAGAGUGAACGCUGAAGUGGUGGAGAGCGCGGGUUUGGGUAUUUGGGAGAAAAGUUGGGGUUGGUUAGGGGCGCGAUUGGUGAAAAGUGAGAAGAUUGCUGAGAAAGUGACAAUGCUGAUGGGUGAUGAAAAUGUAAGGGAAAAAGCAAGGAAAAUUGGGGAAAUGGCUAAGAAUGCAAUUCAAGUUGGAGGGAGCUCUCACAAGGUGUUAAUAGAGAUCAUUCAAAAUCUUUGAUAUCAACAAGAUACGAGUGUUUAGUGAAUGGGUGUUAAAAUAUCAGAAAUACUAUUCUGUUUUAUCAGUUUAAGCUUAUUGAGGUUUAAUUUGUUUUUAGUUAUGAUCAUUUCCUACAAUAAACUACUUCAAAUGUUCACACAUCCCUAUUCAAUCAUGUCUUCAUACUUA